AUGCCCCCAGACUCUUCAUCCAAAGAGCAACAGUUCAUCACCAUCCACCCGGACGCUGAUCUUGAAGUUCGGCUUUACACUACUAAGGACGACAACGCCAAUACUACCUUCAAAGAAGCGGGCAAAGGAGAUAAGAUGAUACGUGGUAGAAUCGUUGCGACUUUGAAUGUUUCCCGAAAAGUCCUCAUUGAAAAUUCAUCAACUCUCAAGGCCAUGCUCUCUAGCAGCUUUAAGAGUCGAAUCAAAAUAUCAUCGAUCUGGAGGACGACAGUCUAUGCGCUUUCCGUUCCAGAAAUAUAUGCCGUCAUCGAACGCAGUCACUACUACUUCUUCCAUCUUGAAAAGCUGGAGCAUUGGUUCGCCAAAUGGUUCGUUGUCAACAAGGCAAAGAUCAAGCAGAUGGGUGUAAACAAAAUUACACCGAUCAGGGGAAUGAACGAGUUGGAGUUGCUAGUUUAUCCAUGCCGGCAAUUCGAUUUUGCUUCUGGGUUUAUCAUGAUAACUCGACGACUAGCAUAUGCAAAUAAGGGCCACAUCUCGCUAUACAAUCAUAAUCCAAAAUCACGUCACCUUCAACUUUCUCCAAGAAUCGUUGGUGGCAUCAAUGGGGCCAGAGCCAAUUUAGCUCACAAAAUACAUGAAGGCGCGUGGCCACUGAUGUCGAAGAUCCGUGGGGUCGACCAGAUGUCUGUUUCGGAGAUACUCUAUGCAUUACUCGACUUCGACUACGAAGCUCCAGACGAUGCCUGCAGUUAUUGUUCCCGGGACUUUCUCGAUGACGUUAUGAAAGUCCGGGACGACGUCAAGGAACUGUUUGGUGGGUUAUGUCUUGACUGCAUCAAAAGCCCUAUGCGCAAGGACAAAGCCCCACUCCUGUAUGGUGAAGAUCGCAGAAGGAUAUGGGAUAAAGGUUGUCGCGAGCGCCAUUCACAACCAACAUGGUGGUUCUCGUGGUUAUCUUCGGACCAGUUCGCUGAUGUUCAUGACCGAGAGCGUGAUGAGCGGAAGAGGUUGGCAGCAGAAGCAAGACGGAAAAAAUCUGGCUCGGGCACCUACUAA